UGCGUUUGGCCCCAAAACAGGUGAUGUCAUGGUCCUGGAGGCAGAUGUCACAGUGGAAGGGUUCAACACUGCCAAUGAGACAGGGGUCCCCAUCAUGGCACACCCCCCAGCCAUCUACAGUGACAACACGCUGCAGCAGUGGCUGGAGACUGUGCUGACCUCUUCCCAGAAGGGCAUCAAACUGGACUUCAAGAGCCUCAAGGCUGUGGGCCCCUCCCUGGACCUCCUGCGGCGGCUCACAGAGAAUGGGAGAGUUCGGAGGCCUGUGUGGAUCAACGCCGAUAUCCUGAGGGGUCCCAAUUUGCACAUCUCAGUCGAGGUCAAUGCCACAAGGUUUCUAGCCCUGGUCCAGGAGAAGUAUCCUGAGGCCACCCUGUCUCCCGGCUGGACUACGCCCUACAUGCCCCGGACCCUGAACAGGACGUACACACGUGCCAUGGUGGAGGAGAUGCAGGGGCUGGUGGGAGCGUUGCCACAAAGGGUCACCUUCCCCGUGCGAGCCAUCAUGGUGCGGGCUGCCUGGCCCCACUUCAGCUGGCUGCUGGGCCAAUCUGAGAGGUACAGCCUGACCCUGUGGCAAGUUGCCUCGGACCCCCUGUCAGUGGAAGAUCUUCUCUACGUCCGGGACAACAGUGCCACCCACCAAAUCUACUAUGACAUCUUUGAGCCUAUCCUGUCGCAGUUCAAGCAGCUUGCUGGGAAUGCCACUCGGAAGCAAAUCUACUACACAGGAGGCAGCCUAACCCCUCUCCUCCAGCCCCCUGGGGGAGACGGUUUGGGUGUGGAGUGGCUGGUUCCUGGCAUCCAGGACAAUGGGAGAACACCAACAGUUACACUCCCAGACAGAGAAGGCAUGAUCCUACUGAACACCAGUCUCCAGGAGCCUGUAGCUGGGGACCUCGUGCCCAUCGUACAUAUCCCAGGGGGCUCUGCCCUGACACUGGAGUCGUGCCUGCUGCAGCUUGCCACACGCCCUGGACGCUGGGGUGUCCACUUGCACAUAGCAGAGCCCACAGCCCUCCGGCCAUCCCUGGCCAUGCUGGCCCGCCUCUCUACCCUGGGCCACCUGUCUCGGCCUGUGUGGGUCGGGGCCACACUCUCCCAUGCGAGUUUUUCGGUCCCUGGCCACGUGGCUGGCAGGGAGUUUCUUGCAGCCGUGGCUGAGGUGUUCCCCCACGUGACGGUGGCCCCAGGCUGGCCUGAGGAGGUGCUGGGCGGUGGCUACAGGGAACAGCUGCUCACAGAUAUGCUGGACCUGUGCCAAGGGCUCUGGCAACCCAUGUCCUUCCAGCUACAGGCAAAGCCUCUGGGCCAGAGCAUGCCUGGAGUUGUGACAAGGUUGCUGGCAGUCUCCCCCCGAGCCACCAUCACAGUAGAGCACAACCCAGCCGAGGGCAGCUAUGCAGUUGGGCGGGCAGGGCUGCUGGCAGCCAGGGCCGUGGACAGAACCCGGGUCUACUACAGACUGCCCCAAGAUUUCCGCAAGGACUUGCUGGCAGACGCUGGCAGAAACUGA